AUGCUGCUGGGAAGCCCCCACUACGGGAUUAGCUGUGGAGCUGUGGGUGAUGGGAUGGACCUGGGCACGUCCUUGCUGUGUCUGCCAGGAGCCCCCAGCCCCGCUGGGAGCAGGCACCGGCAGCCGCCCGGCACCGGCCUGAGCUGCAUCCCCGCAGAAAAUCAGGUCGUUUGGGGACAGUCGGAAAACUUCUGGAAAUCUGGGCUUUGGAGUGAAGGACCACCGGCCGCAGCACCUCACGGGAGAGGUGUUCGGCCACCAGAUGCCUCCAAGGUGGAAGAGGAGACUUCGGGGGACGACGGAAGCGCCCCAGUUCCCGCACAGCGACGGGACACGCGUUCCCCGCUCCGUGCCACGCUCUUAGCCCGCUCCGGACUGGCGCCGCUUCUGCCGUGCGGUGCCGGGGAAGGCGGGUACAUCCCGGGGGCUCAGCUCCCCCCCGGCCCUUCCCCCGGGGGUGAUGCCGGCUGUGCCCCGCCCGGGCGAUGCGCGUAGCGGCCGGGCAGGGCGGUACCGGCGGGGCGGUGCCGGUGCCCAGGGCGGGCCCCGGGGCUGGGCGAGGCGGGGCCCGGCGGGCAGCGAGACCGGUCCCAUGGGAGCCCGGCGGGCCGGUGGACGCCCAUGGCUUUCAGCCCGGGGCUGCUGGUGGUGGCCGGUUCGUUCGCCGCUUUCCGCCUGCUGAACCGGGGGCUGGAGCGGCUGGUGCCGCCGCCGCCCUCGGCCCGGCGCAACCGCUGGAAGUGGCGCAACAUCUGGACAUCGCUGGCGCACAGCGUGCUCAGCGGCGGCGGGGCGCUGGCCGGGUUCUACCUCCACCCCGAGAUGUCCAACGACCUGGUGGGCACACACCCGCCCGGGGCGCACAGCCUGGUGGCCGUGUCUGUAGGCUAUUUCGUUGAAGACUUUGUGGACAUGUUGUGCAAUCAGAAACUUCAUCAGUCCUGGGAGCUGCUCUUUCAUCACUCUGUGGUGAUCAUCUGCUUUGGAAUUGCCGUGCUGGUCCACCAGUACGUCGGCUUUGCCCUCGUGGCUUUACUGGUGGAGAUCAACUCCAUCUUCCUGCACCUGCGGCAGAUCCUGCUCAUGGCCAACCUGGUGCACACCACCUGCUACCGCCUCAACAGCCUCGUCAACCUGGGCACCUACGUGGUGUUCCGCAUCGCCACGCUGGCCUGGAUGACCCGCUGGCUCUUCCUCAAUCGCCAGAACGUGCCCCCAGCCACCUACGCCGUGGGCACGGUGGGCAUGGCAAUCAUGACGCCCAUGAACAUCAUCCUCUUCUACCGCCUGCUGCGGAGCGACUUCCUCAAACCCAGGCGGGAGAAGGAGGAGCGGCGGGAGAAGGAGGAAUAGCUCCUCCCCUGCGACGGGGGCAGCUCCAAGCCCGUGGAGCACCGGAGGGUGAAUGUGGCUCUUUCGGUACCUUGAAAGGAGGGGCUGCACUAACAGAGCAUCCAGGCUUUGCUUGUGGCUCAAGAUCCUGGGCCCUGCACAGCAGAGAGGUGCUCGUGGACCAGGCACUGUGGCUCUGCUCCCCAAACACUUCUGGAUGAUGUGGUUGGACAGCUGGGAGGUGCUGAGAGAAGCCUCGGCAGCUCUCACAGCUCCCCGAGGCGCCACUGAGAUGAGAAGGGGGCAGGGCAGCACUGUUUCCCCACUGCUCUUCCAGACAUCCCGACACCACAGGGUGUUUCCAGCCCCUUUGGUGCUGCAGCCCCCAGGGUCCCAUCAGCCACGGGACACCGACUGCUCUGUGGCAUCUCUGUAGAACACCACCAGCAAGACAGGCUCCAAGGCUUUGCCUUCGAGGAGAUGUCAGUGAAAACCAAACCCUGCACUGAUGAGCCCUCCCUGAGGAGAUUGUCCAGGCUGAGACCUGGCUGGGUGGGCACAGUGGGGUGCAGGUCGGGGGCAGCCCCAACCUCUCCUGACAACUGCGGCUUUUUCCACGUUGUUUUCUCCCAAAAUAAUUUAAGUGCCCAUAAAUGAGCGUGGGAGAGCGUGAGUGGCUGGCGAGAGGAUUCUGUGUGAUGGUCACUUCCCACAGAUGUGGGGUUUUCAGGCACUUUUUAGGAUUCAGGAAUCUGUUAGGAAUGCCAGGUUGUGCUGCAGAGCCCGGGGUAAUGCUCUCACCCGGCAGCAAAGGCUCUUACUAACACGAGCUUUUAAUAAAUGGCUGCAAAUGAAGUGGCUUGAGGGAAAAGGACUGAGAGGGGACAAAAGGACUCAGCAUGCCAGCCCAGUCUGGGGGUGUCACUGCUGGGCACAGUCCGUACCCCAUGUCUCCCUGCCAUGGAGUGAAAAUACACUGUACACUGGCACACUCUACCUCUCUUGUUGGGGUUUUUUGUCGAGGAAGAUGAAGGUUUUUAAAUGUUCUUCCACUCUACAUUUCCUUUUCCUCACUGAUUCUCACACUGGACUGCUCCCCAGCAGCCCAGCACUGUGUAUAUAACAGGAUCAUCCCACUUGGAGUUACGUGAACCAGUCUGGAGGAAUCCACUGGCUCAGUCACAUUUCCUUUGUGUAACAAAUAAGCUUUAACACAACAUCUCUCCCUUGGUUUGAAGAGCAGGCACUGCUCGGAGAGGAUGGCACGUGUUCUGAGGAUGGGGACACAUUCCUGCUGGGCAGGGAAAGACGAGUGAUCCAUGGGCAGUGUGAGGCUGGAGACAAUGCCUGGCCAAAGCUGCUUACAUUUCUAUUUGUGGAGAGCAGGGAAGCUUCCAGGUGCUGGGCACAACUACUCCAGGUUUGGAUUUGUCACCUCAGGCAGUGCUGAGAUGCCUGUGUGGCCCUCACACCCCCAGCUGGAGCAGAACUGUCACCCAGGGUUUUCUCUUUGCUUUGACCCACGUAUUGCAUAAAAUUCCAAAUUUUCCAGGAGCUGCUGCACUGAUCCUUGCCCUUAGCACAGCCUCUGCAUCUGCUAAAAACGCUGCCUCUGCCCACGCCCGGGGUGUUUCUCAAGGCCUGGAUUGUGUCCCCACAUUCCUGCUGUCACAUGGAUGUCCUGUACCCCAGGCACGUGGGGCUGGGGCCGGGGCAGCCUGCUCUGGGCUCCUCUUAAUCCGCCGUGGUUUUCCCACACGGCUAAGGUGGGAUAAGCAGUGGCUUUGCAGGUCACCGAGGGCAGACCUGGGGAUGCCCUGUGCUUGUCUAUCCCCAUAGGAAGUGCCACAGCCUUGGCUUGAAAGGUUUUGGGAAGGACUCACCUCUCUAUUUCCACCGUAUAGGGGACCACAGGGUUUCAAGGAGCAUCUCCAUCAGGGAAUUAAUUGUUGGGGAGCAACACCCCGGCCUGCCACCCAACCAUCCCCACUCCAGCCCCAUCCAAUAUCCCUCCAGAACAAAGCCCUGUUCCCAUGGGAGCCCCCACCCUGGCAAAACCCUAAGGCAAGAGCCUGCCCGGCUGCUGAGC